GGGUGGCCCUGCAGAGCAGCCCCGGCGCCCUCAAGCAUUUCCACAUGAAGCUUUUCCGAGCCCAGCGCAACCUCUACCUGGCCAGUUUCGCCCUCCUGCUCUCCUUCCUCCUGCGCCGCCUGGUCACCCUCAUCUCGCAGCAGGCCGUGCUGGGCGCUUCCAGCGAAACGUUCCGGAAACAGGCGGAAGGCGCCAGCCAAGCCGCCCGCCGUUACAUGGAGGAUAAUGACGCCUUGCGGAAGCUGCAGGAGGCAGGGGGUGACGGGGGCGGCCCGUCGUCCCCCUCCCACGACGAGAACGAGACCCUCAAGGCCAAGGUGGAGAAGCUGAAGGAGGAGCUGGCGGCCAGCAAACACACUCUGGAGAAGGCGGAGAACGAGGUGCAGGCCAUGCGGCGCCAGGCCGAGGGGCUGACGCGGGAGUACGACCGGCUUCUGGACCAGCACGCGCGCCUGCAGGUGGGAGGGGUGGGCACCCCAAGCCCCCUAUGA